CCGCCCGCCCGCCCCCGUCCGCAGCACGGACAACGCGCAUCUCGUCAGCCAUCGCGGGCGCGAGCAGACGCAAGCGAGAUCAGACCGCGCAGAGACCAUCCACCUCAUCGCCUCGGCUCGAAAACCUUUUUUUUCCCCGUCUUGCUCCCUGCUACAAAUCGCAAUUCCCCAAUCCUAACUUAUUCCCUUCUCUCUCCUCCCUAUUCCUCGUCCUCGCUCGUCGCCGCCGCCGCCUGCCGCCGCAACAGGCCGCCGCCGCCGCCGCCGCCGCGGCAGCUGCGAAUAAGGUUGGUUGUAGCGUUUGAGGAUUUUGCGGAUGGCUGGUUCAACGGUAACGGAUGAUUCUGCUGCAAGCACUGCUGGGAUGGGGGAUGACGACCGCAGCCUGUCCGGUGAAUCCUUGUCCGAGUGGAGGUCCUGCGAGCGGGCAGAGAGUGACAGCCCUUCAACGUCCCCGCCCUUCUGGGACACUGAUGGCGAUGAUGAUGAUCCUGGACCCAAACCUUCAGAUUUAUUCGGACGUUACACUUGGAGGAUUGAAAACUUCUCAAAGGAGAAGAAGAGAGAAAUGAAAAGUGAGCCAUUUGAAGCUGGCGGUUACAAAUGGUAUAUUCUUGUAUACCCUCAAGGAUGUGAUGUCUCUAAUCAUCUUUCAUUGUUCCUUUGCGUCGCUAAUCAUGACAAACUUCUCCCAGGAUGGAGCCAUUUUGCACAGUUCACUAUAGCUGUAGGCAAUAUAGAUCCUAAAAAGAUGAAAUACUCAGAUACUUUGCACAGGUUCUGGAAGAAGGAGCAUGAUUGGGGAUGGAAAAAAUUUAUGGAGUUGUCAAAGAUUCAGGAUGGUUUUCUUGUUGACGAUGUUCUUGAAAUCAUAGCUCAAGUUCAGGUUAUCAGGGAGAAAGUGGAUAGACCUUUUCGUUGCCUUGACCGUCCUUAUCGGAGAGAAUUGCUCCGUGUCUAUAUGACAAAUGUGGAGCAAAUUUACCGACGUUUUGUUGAGGAGCAAAGAAGUAAACUUAGCAAGCUCAUUGAGGACAAAAUGAGAUGGUCCAGUUUCCGUGCUUUCUGGUCAGCAAUUGACCCAAGCGCCAGGCAUCGCAUGUCCAGGGAAAAGACUGACACUAUAUUGAAAGUCUUGGUGAAGCAUUUCUUUGUAGAGAAAGAGGUUACUUCGACCUUGGUGAUGGACUCUUUGAAUACGAGUCUAAAGGCACUUGAAUACCAGAUGAAGGGCAAGAAAGGCAGUACGAAAUUAGCAGACUUGGAAGAAUUACCUGCACCUAUGGUCCAUGUUGACAUGGACAUGUUUGUUUUGGCUGGUGAUGUUAUAUCUUUGCUUGAGAGAGCAGCCUUAGAACCCUCGCCUUGUCAACCUUUAGCUCCAAAGGAUGACAAGAGUUCCCAAAGCCGCAUGAAGGAUGGAAGUUGUGGCGAGGUUUACAAAGUUUCUAUGGAGCGUGAGGAAAGACGACUAACUGAGCUUGGUCAGAAGAUACUUGAAACAUUUGUGCUAUCUCAUAUAUUUAGUGGAAUUGAAGUUGCAUACCAAGAAGCUGUUGCUUUGAAAAGGCAAGAAGAGCUUAUUCGCGAGGAGGAGGAGGCAGGGCUUCUUGAAAAUCAGAUGAAGGGGAAGCGUGGUGGCGGUGCAAAUGAAAAGGACAAGCGUGCGAAGAAAAAACAGGCCAAACAAAAGAAGAACAAUCGUAAGGUUAAAGACAAGGAAAGGGGUGAGAAAUGCGAAGUGAAAAUUCUGGAAAGAUUUCGUGAUGAAAUUGCAAUUGAUGAUAGUGAUGGCUUACUGGCUAAGGUGGAAGUGACAGCAAAGGUUGAUGCCUUGGACGAAGGUGCUUCAGAUGUGUCAGACAUACUAAAUAGAGGGAAAAAUCAGCGCAACAAGGGCUUAAGCAUUAUCAGCUUUACCGAAGAAGUUGAUGGCCUUCCCUCCACCUCUAGCGUUGCUGGUGGUUCAUGUCGCAAUAGCUCUGGCUGCUGCACAGCUCCAAAAUUGGACCAGGAUACUGUUCUACUUACAUUGAGAGAUAAACUCCGUAAGCUGGGGCAGCGUUUGCAUGAGAAGAACAUUGAGGGGCAAAAACUUCUCAAAGCUCAUUUUGAAGCUAGGGAUGCAAAAGCUAAGGCAGCAGAGUCUUCCAACUCAUCCAGUUCUUCAGAGAAGCCGCCUGAUGUUCCAGAGAGCCCAAAGCAUUCCUCAGAAGAUACAGUUGAUCUAAAAGUUUACAUGACACCAAAUAAUGAUGCCCCUGCGGUCAACUACAUGCCGGAAGAAUCUGUUUCAAGCAUGCCAGCCACCACAAAUACUGAACCUGUGUCUGCUCCAGCCUCAACAAAAGUUGACCCAGUUUCAAACAAAGAUAAUGCAUCGAGUUCGAAAAUGAAAGCCAAUAUAGCAUCUCCAUGUUGCUCAAAACUGCCUGCAGUUGAUAUGGAUAAAGAUGCCCCUCUUCCUUCUAAAUCACCACGCAUCAAUAAAGCUGCUCCAAUUCCUCCAAAAUCGCCUUCAGUUGAUAAAGCAACUCCAGUUCCUUCCAAAUCUCCAGCGGUUGACAAAAUAACUCCAGUUCGUCCCAAAUCUCCAGCAGUUGACAAAGCAACUCCACCUCGUCCCAAAUCUCCAGCAGUUGACAAAGCAGCUCCAGUUCAUCCCAAAUCUCCAGCAGUUGACAAAUCAACUCUAGUUCGUCCUAAAUCUCCAUUAGUCGACAAAGCUUCUUCAGCUCCGCCAAAAUCACCAUCAGGUGCUAAAGAUGUCCCCUUUUCUUCAAGAUCACUGCAGAUUGAUAAGUCUAUUCCAGCUCCCCCAAGACUACCACAAGUUGAUAAAGCUGCCCUGCCUUCCCUGGAAUUGCCACAAGCUUCUCUGGCCUCUAAUUCUAAAGCUCAGGAAGAGACUACUGCCAUGAAGGUCAGAGCCACCUCAGUUUCUGAGGUUGCCACUACAACAUCGAGGCCAUCAAGUGCCCCUGUGCUCCCCACGCCUUCAAGAUCAACUGCACGAGCUACUUCACAAGUUCAAGUUUCCAUGGCGCUUUCUCGCUCGAUGAGUGAAGCAGCUGGAAGAUCAAUUAAUGGCCCAUCCCCUUCUGCCCUACCUUAUGUCCCACAGACCUACCGUAAUGCCAUCGUUGGUAAGCCUAGUCUUGGUACAACCUCUGGAAGUCUGGCAUACCUGUCAACUUCUCUGGGUCAAAAUACCACCUUUUUACAGCCGCUGUCAACAUAUGCAUCAAGUACAACGGUCAUGAUACCUCCUGCUGGAAGGUCUGAUCAGUUGUCGGGCAGGCAUGGAUUCAAGUCUGGUCUGGGCAUGUCAGAAGCACAUGAUAGCUGGCAACCAUGGAAUGGUGAUAGUAAUGUUGAUAAGCAUCUCUGGAGGGAUCACUCCCCUUACCAACAAAUGGCCAACGGUCAAGCUUGUGAACAACCUUGGAAGGAUGACACUUAUCAGCAAGCAAGCAGCAGAGGAGCAGAAAAGCUCAGCAGGUUUGGAGGACUGCAACCUAGGCAGUUCCAGUCUGGGGCAACUGCUAGUCAUGUCUGGCACCAACCACAGGGGCCAGUAGCAGAAGAAUUUCCACACCUUGACAUCAUAAACGAUUUGCUUGAGGAGGACCAUAUGCCAAGGUCCAUUCAUUAUGAUUACCAUGCCUUUGACAUGCCGUUUUCGCCAAAAGGCAACGUGGCAGAUUUGGAGAUGGCUUCUGUCAGUAAUCCAGGUCGGUUUAAUUCAACUGAGCGCUACUACGGCGAUGGAUUCUUGAGGGCCUAUGACAUGAGUAAUUUCAAUGGGCUGAGGGAAAGGCAAUUUCCCUCAAUGGGCGCUUAUUCUAAUGGCCUUUCUGACAUGAGCGUGUCAAAGCCUUUGCUGAAUGUCCCUCCAAAUACAUCAAUAAGUGUUGGAGGUAACACAAGUGGAUUCCCGCACCAGCUCGGGGACUACAGUAAUUUGGGGAGUGGGGUGAACGGAGUCUCCGUGUGGCGCCGCCAUGCCAAUGGGCGCUGGUGAUGUGAUGCUUGUAUACAAUCUUACAGUCGAACUAAUGCUUGUUGUAACAGAUGUUGGUGCUGUGUCUGAGCUCUGUCAUGGCCUGUAGUUUGAAAGUUAAGUUUUAAAAGGGAAAGAAAGAGAUACAUCGUGUAAAGUCUCCACCGCUAUUGGCCUAAUUUGAGUGCUUAUCUGAUUAAA